UAGAGAAAAUAUUACUGGAGAGUGAGAAAGAAAGAGAUGGCCGCUUGAAUUUUGGGCGAAGAAUCAGAAAGAAUGCCUCAUCUCCUCCUUCACCGCUUCUUCACAUUUCCAUCCUACUCAUAAUAAUCUUCUCCAAAACCCAUACUUUAGCUUUCCUUAAUAUUUUUCAAGAUUUUUUUUUUCUAUAAAAUUCGGGAAUUUGUUUUCUAAUACUAGUAUUUUACAAAAAUGGAAGCAAAAGGUGGAAUGGUUGCUGGAUCGCACAAGAGGAAUGAGUUGGUUCGCAUUCGACAUGAUUCUACUGAUAGCGGGCCAAAGCCCCUGAAGAAUUUGAAUGGUCAGAUAUGUCAGAUUUGUGGAGAUGGUGUUGGACUCACGGCUGAUGGUGACAUGUUUGUUGCCUGUAAUGAAUGUGCAUUUCCAGUUUGCCGUCCUUGUUAUGAGUAUGAGAGAAAAGAUGGAAACCAGUCCUGCCCUCAAUGCAAGACGAGAUACAAGCGACACAAAGGGAGUCCCCGGGUUGACGGUGAUGAUGAUGAAGAUGAUGUUGAUGACUUGGAUAAUGAGUUCAAUUAUGCUCAAGGGACUAGCAAGGCUAGACGCCAAUGGCAGGGAGAAGAUGCUGAGUUGUCUUCUUCCUCUAGGCAUGAUCGACCUAUUCCUCUUCUCACGAAUGGGCAGCCAGCAUCUGGUGAAAUCCCCAUUGCAACACCAGAAACCCGUUCUGUAAGAAGUACAUCAGGACCUUUAGGCCCUGGAGAUAAGGCCCUUCCCUAUCUGGAUCCAAGGCAGCCAGUCCCUGUAAGAAUUGUGGACCCUUCAAAGGACUUAAAUUCUUAUGGUCUUGGUAGUGUUGACUGGAAGGAGAGGGUGGAAAGCUGGAAGCUUAAGCAGGAAAAGAAUAUGGUGCACAUGGCCAACAGAUACCCUGAAGGGAAGGGAGGAGACAUUGAAGGAACAGGAUCAAAUGGAGAAGAAUUGCAAAUGGCUGAUGAUGCUCGGCAACCGAUGAGCCGCAUAGUGCCUAUUUCUUCAUCUCAUGUCACCCCUUAUCGUGUUGUUAUCAUACUUCGAUUGAUUAUCUUGGGCUUUUUCUUGCAAUAUCGGUGUACUCACCCUGUGAAGGAUGCAUAUCCUUUAUGGCUCACAUCAGUCAUCUGUGAGAUUUGGUUUGCGCUAUCCUGGCUUUUGGAUCAAUUUCCAAAAUGGUAUCCUAUCAAUAGGGAAACCUUCCUUGACAGGCUUGCUAUGAGAUACGAUAGGGAAGGGGAGCCUUCACAAUUAGCCCCUGUUGAUGUGUUUGUCAGUACUGUGGAUCCCAUGAAAGAGCCUCCUCUAAUCACUGCCAACACUGUCUUAUCAAUUCUCGCUGUUGAUUACCCUGUCGACAAGGUAUCGUGUUAUGUUUCAGAUGAUGGUUCAGCAAUGUUAACAUUUGAAGCCCUCUCGGAGACGGCUGAAUUUGCAAGGAAAUGGGUACCCUUCUGCAAGAAGCAUAGCAUUGAGCCUAGAGCUCCUGAAUUUUACUUUGCUCAGAAAAUAGAUUACCUAAAGGACAAGAUUCAGCCUUCAUUUGUGAAAGAGCGUCGAGCAAUGAAGAGAGAGUAUGAAGAAUUUAAGGUGCGCAUAAAUGCACUUGUAGCAAAGGCACAAAAGAUGCCUGAAGAAGGUUGGACAAUGCAAGAUGGAACUGCUUGGCCUGGAAAUAACCCUAGAGAUCAUCCAGGAAUGAUCCAGGUGUUUUUGGGGCACAGUGGAGGCCUGGAUACUGAUGGGAAUGAGCUUCCACGGUUGGUUUAUGUUUCUCGUGAGAAACGCCCAGGAUUCCAACACCAUAAGAAAGCAGGAGCUAUGAAUGCUUUGAUUCGAGUCUCUGCUGUUCUUACAAAUGGAGCAUAUCUUUUGAAUGUUGAUUGUGAUCACUACUUUAACAAUAGCAAAGCUCUUAAGGAAGCGAUGUGUUUUCUCAUGGAUCCUGUUCUUGGAAAGAAGAUUUGCUAUGUUCAGUUUCCACAACGUUUUGAUGGCAUUGACUUGCACGAUCGAUAUGCUAACCGCAAUAUUGUCUUCUUUGAUAUUAACAUGAAAGGGCAAGAUGGUGUUCAAGGUCCUGUCUAUGUGGGAACUGGUUGUUGUUUCAACAGGCAAGCUUUAUAUGGGUAUGAUCCAGUGUUGACUGAGGAAGAUUUAGAACCAAAUAUUAUUGUUAAGAGUUGUUUUGGUUCAAGAAAGAAAGGAAAGAGUAGCAAGAAGAGCUACAUUGAUAAGAAGAGAGCAGUUAAAAGAACCGAAUCUACUAUUCCGAUAUUUAACAUGGAGGAUAUAGAAGAGGGUGUAGAAGGGUAUGACGACGAGAAAUCGCUUCUUAUGUCUCAAAAGAGCUUGGAGAAGCGGUUUGGUUCAUCUGCAGUUUUUAUUGCUGCAACCUUUAUGGAGAUGGGAGGCAUUCCUCCAACUACUAAUCCAGCCACUCUUUUGAAAGAAGCUAUCCAUGUUAUCAGCUGUGGAUAUGAGGAUAAAACAGAAUGGGGUAAAGAGAUUGGAUGGAUCUAUGGUUCAGUCACAGAAGAUAUUUUGACUGGUUUCAAGAUGCAUGCACGCGGAUGGAUUUCUGUCUACUGUAUGCCUCCUCGCCCAGCAUUCAAGGGUUCUGCUCCCAUCAAUCUUUCUGAUCGGCUGAAUCAGGUCCUUCGGUGGGCUUUAGGAUCCAUUGAAAUUCUUCUUAGCAGGCAUUGUCCCAUAUGGUAUGGCUACACCGGCAGACUGAAGCUCUUGGAGAGACUUGCGUAUAUCAACACCAUUGUUUAUCCUAUAACCUCUAUUCCUUUGCUGGCUUAUUGCAUCCUUCCUUCUAUUUGUCUUCUCACCAAUAAAUUUAUCAUUCCUGAGAUAAGCAACUAUGCCAGCAUGUGGUUCAUUCUUCUCUUUAUCUCCAUUUUUGCUACCGGUAUCCUGGAGCUGAGGUGGAGUGGUGUGAGCAUCGAGGACUGGUGGAGGAAUGAACAGUUCUGGGUCAUUGGUGGUACAUCAGCCCAUCUAUUCUCCGUUUUCCAGGGUCUCUUGAAAGUACUUGCUGGGAUUGAUACCGACUUCACUGUCACUUCAAAGGCAUCAGAUGAUGAUGGGGACUUCGCCGAGCUCUACGUGUUCAAAUGGACAUCCCUCCUCAUCCCUCCCACCACUGUCCUCGUCUUGAACUUGAUAGGUAUAGUGGCUGGUGUUUCUUAUGCCAUAAACACUGGCUACCAAUCAUGGGGUCCGCUGUUCGGCAAAUUGUUUUUCUCCCUCUGGGUGAUUGCCCACCUGUACCCGUUCCUCAAAGGUUUGUUAGGCCGGCAAAAUCGUACCCCUACCAUUGUCAUUGUCUGGUCCAUACUCCUUGCAUCCAUCUUCUCCUUGCUCUGGGUGCGAAUUGAUCCAUUCACAUCUAGCUCCACAAAAGCAGCAUCAAAUGGUCAAUGUGGCGUCAACUGCUAGAAUCAUUCUGUCAAGAGUCAAGAUCCAAGUUUCUUACUUUAAUGCCAGCCAUCGUGUAUAUAGAAUAGAACGAAAGGAUCACAUCCAGGGCUCAAACAAUGUUGUACCAGGAUCAGAAUCUGGCCCAAGGAAGGGUGAUGAACAACAAUGGCAUCACCUUCUGUAUUUUUUUUGCCUAUCCAGUCUCAUUCCAUUUUGUAUACUUUUUGUGCCUGGACCAAAUGUGUUUCUACCAGUCCUCAAAUGGCCUAGGUGUUGCAGACAGACAGACAGGCCGACACCAAUUUAUCUAUCUUGUUCUUGUGCAGUGUUGUGAUGAUUUAUUAUGUGAUGGAGAACCUGUGUGAACCAACCAUUCAUGUUGUAAUUCCUUCAGAGAAUCAAUUUAUUUAUUUUUUGCUUUGACAA